AUGUCGCCCAUCAGCCAGUCACAGUUCAUCCCUCUGGGGGAGGUGCUGUGCCUGGCCAUCUCAGCCAUGAACUCAGCCCGCAAGCCUGUCACCCAAGAGGCCCUGACAGAACACCUGGCAACAUGUUUCCCAGGUAACAUCAACAAUACAACUUUAUUUUCCAUAUGUAACAGUAGGGAUGUGCAUCUUUCCCUUUCAAGACGAUUCGAUACGUAUCUAGAUUAGGGCUGACCCCAUUUAUCGACUGGUCGAUUGUUUGGUCAAUAGGCUGUUGGUCGACCAAGAUUUAUUUUGUCGAGCAGUCGCAAAUAUAAUUAUUUUUAUGGUGCACAAAACACCUGUCUGAUAUGCGCCUGUCUCAGUGGACUAAUCCAUUGCGGAGGCCACGGGGAUGGCGCAGUCCAUUACUCUAAGACAUGUGCUACUAAAAUUGUAAAUGGUUGUAUUAUGUAAGAAUAAUGGUGCAAAAUAAAUCAUCCAUAUACAGUAUACAGUGGGGGAAAAAAGUAUUUAGUCAGCCACCAAUUGUGCAAGUUCUCCCACUUAAAAAGAUGAGAGAGGCCUGUAAUUUUCAUCAUAGGUACACGUCAACUAUGACAGAAAAAUUGAGGAAAAAAAAUCCAGAAAAUCACAUUGUAGGAUUUUUUAUGAAUUUAUUUGCAAAUUAUGGUGGAAAAUAAGUAUUUGGUCAAUAACAAAAGUUUCUCAAUACUUUGUUAUAUACCCUUUGUUGGCAAUGACACAGGUCAAACGUUUUCUGUAAGUCUUCACAAGGUUUUCACACACUGUUGCUGGUAUUUUGGCCCAUUCCUCCAUGCAGAUCUCCUCUAGAGCAGUGAUGUUUUGGGGCUGUCGCUGGGCAACACGGACUUUCAACUCCCUCCAAAGAUUUUCUAUGGGGUUGAGAUCUGGAGACUGGCUAGGCCACUCCAGGACCUUGAAAUGCUUCUUACGAAGCCACUCCUUCAUUGCCCGGGUGGUGUGUUUGGGAUCAUUGUCAUGCUGAAAGACCCAGCCACGUUUCAUCUUCAAUGCCCUUGCUGAUGGAAGGAGGUUUUCACUCAAAAUCUCACGAUACAUGGCCCCAUUCAUUCUUUCCUUUACCACGGAUCAGUCGUCCUGGUCCCUUUGCAGAAAAACAGCCCCAAAGCAUGAUGUUUUCACCCCCAUGCUUCACAGUAGGUAUGGUGUUCUUUGGAUGCAACUCAGCAUUCUUUGUCCUCCAAACACGACGAGUUGAGUUUUUACCAAAAAGUUAUAUUUUGGUUUCAUCUGACCAUAUGACAUUCUCCCAAUCCUCUUCUGGAUCAUCCAAAUGUACUCUAGCAAACUUCAGACGGGCCUGGACAUGUACUGGCUUAAGCAGGGGGACACGUCUGGCACUGCAGGAUUUGAGUCCCUGGCGGCGUAGUGUGUUACUGAUGGUAGGCUUUGUUACUUUGGUCCCAGCUCUCUGCAGGUCAUUCACUAGGUCCCCCCGUGUGGUUCUGGGAUUUUUGCUCACCGUUUUUGUGAUUAUUUUGACCCCACGGGAUGAGAUCUUGCGUGGAGCCCCAGAUCGAGGGAGAUUAUCAGUGGUCUUGUAUGUCUUCCAUUUCCUAAUAAUUGCUCCCACAGUUGAUUUCUUCAAACCAAGCUGCUUACCUAUUGCAGAUUCAGUCUUCCCAGCCUGGUGCAGGUCUACAAUUUUCUUUCUGGUGUCCUUUGACAGCUCUUUGGUCUUGGCCAUAGUGGAGUUUGGAGUGUGACUGUUUGAGGUUGUGGACAGGUGUCUUUUAUACUGAUAACAAGUUCAAACAGGUGCCAUUAAUAAAGGUAACGAGUGGAGGACAGAGGAGCCUCUUAAAGAAGAAGUUACAGGUCUGUGAGAGCCAGAAAUCUUGCUUGUUUGUAGGUGACCAAAUACUUAUUUUCCACCAUAAUUUGCAAAUAAAUUCAUAAAAAAUCCUACAAUGUGAUUUUCUGGAUUUUUUUUCCUCAAUUUUUCUGUCAUAGUUGACGUGUACCUAUGAUGAAAAUUACAGGCCUCUCUCAUCUUUUUAAGUGGGAGAACUUGCAUAAUUGGUUGCUGACUAAAUACUUUUUUCCCCCACUGUAUCUACAGAAAUAAGACAGAUCUUGCUUCUGUUGCUAGUUUGAAUGUUUGUUUAAUAAGCCUACCGAUUCCGUGAGCACCAAGCCUCACGCAACCGCAAAAUGUCGGAUAAAGCAAUUUUACAAAUUCGUCUGUUUUUAAUCUUUGCUAUGCUGUAAUAAAGGCUUAAAAAAAAUGUUUUUGUUAGAACAGACUGUGUGGUAUUACUUAUGUAGAUGCGAUAUUUCUGUUUUUAUUGAAGGUAUUGAAAAUCAUACCUUCGUCGUUAUUUCGAAAUACCCCGUUAUGUGGUAUAAACGAUAUAUAGCCCAAGCCGUAUGUGUGCGUAAAAUUGUGUAUGUAUUAUGUAGACACCUGAUCUGAGCCAUAAGGGAGACUAGGCAUCUACCACCCCACUAUCAGAUUAUAACCUAGCAAAUUACAUAGGUUGUCACUCAACUGCCCUUUCCCACCUGGACAAAAGGAACACCUAUGUGAGAAUGCUGUUUGUUGACUACAGCUCAGCUUUCAACACCAUAGUGCCCUCAAAGCUCAUCACUAAGCUAAGGACCCUGGGACUAAACACCUCCCUCUGCAACUGGAUCCUGGACUUCCUGACGGGCCGCCUCCAGGUGGUAAGGGUAGGUAACAACACAUCUUCCAUGCUGAUCCUCAACACGGGGCCCCUCAGGGGUACAUGCUCAGUCCCCUUCUGUAGUCCCUGUUCACCCAUGACUGCAUGGCCAGGCACGACUCCAACACCAUCAUUAAGUUUGCCGAUGACACAACAGUGGUAGGCCUGAUCACCGACAACGAUGAGACAGCCUAUAGGGAGGAGGUCAGAGUCCUGGCCAUGUGGUGCAAGAAUAACAACCUCUCCCUCAACGUGAUCAAGACAAAGGAGAUGAUUGUGGACUACAGGAAAAGGAGGACCGAGCACGCCCCCAUUCUCAUCGACGGGGCUGUAGUGGAGCAGAUUGAGCGCUUCAAGUUCCUUGGUGUCCACAUCACCAACAAACUAUCAUGGUCCAAACACAGCAAGACAGUCGUGAAGAGGGCACGACAAAGCCUAUUCCCCCUCAGGAGACUGAAACGAUUUGGCAUGGGUCUUCAGAUGCUCAAAAAGCUCUACAGCUGCACCAUCGAGAUCAUCCUGACUGGAUGCAUCACUGCCUGAUAUGGCAACUGCUCGGCCUCCGACCGCAAGGCUCUACAGAGGGUAGUGCUUAUGGCCCAGUACAUCACUGGGGCCAAGCUUCCUGCCAUCCAGGACCUCUAUACCAGGCGGUGUCAGAGGAAGGCCCUAGAAAUUGUCAAAGACUCCAGCCACCCUAGUCAUAGACUGUUCUCUCUGCUACUGCACGGCAAGCGGUGCCGGAGCUCCAAAAGGCUUCUUAACAGCUUCUACCCCCAAGCCAUAAGACUCCUGAACAGCUAAUCAAAUGUCUACCCAUACUAUUUGCAUUGCCCUCCCCCUGUUUUACGCUGCUGCUACUCUGUUUAUUAUCUAUGCAUAGGCACUUUAACUCUACAUUUACAUUUUAGUCAUUUAGCAGACGCUCUUAUCCAGAGCGACUUACAGGAGCAAUUAGGGUUAAGUGCCUUGCUCAAGGGCACGUCGACAUAUUUUUCACCUAGUUGGCUCUGGGAUUAGAACCAGCAACCUUUCGGUUACUGGCAUAACGCUCUUAACCACUAAGCUACCUGCCGCUACCUAUAUGUACAGCACCAGUCAAAGGUUUGGACACACCUACUCAUUCCGGGGUUGUUCUUUAUUUUUACUAUUUUCUACGUUGUAGAAUAAUAGUGAAGACAUAAAAACGAUGAAAUUCCACAUGGAAUCAUGUAGUAACCAAAAAAGUGUUAAACAAAUCAAAAUAUAUUUGAGAUUCUUCAAUGUAGCCACCCUUUGCCUUGAUGACAGCUUUCCACACUCUUGGCAUUCUCUCAACCAGCUUCAUGAGGUAGUCACCUGGAAUGCAUUUCAAUUAACAGGUGUGCCUUGUUAAAAGUUCAUUUGUGGAAUUUAUUACCUUCUUAAUGCGUUUGAGCCAAUCAGUUGUGUUGUGACAAGGUAGGGGUGGUAUACAGAAGAUUACCCUAUUUGGCAAAAUACCAAGUCCAUAUUAUGGCAAGAACAGCUCAAAUAAUCAAAGAGAAAUGACAAUCCUUCAUUACUUUAAGACAUGAAGGUCAGUCAAUCUGGAAAAUGUCAAGAACUUUGAACGUUUCUUCAAGUGCAAUUGCAAAAACCAUCAAGCACUAUGAUGAAACUGGCUCUCAUGAGGACCGCCACAGGUAAGGAAGACCCAGAGUUACCUCUGCUGCAGAGGAUAAGUUCAUUAGAGAUACCAGCCUCAGAAAUUGCAGCCCGAAUAAAUGCUUCAGAGUUCAAGUAACGGACACAUCUCAACAUCAACUGUUCAGAGGAGACUGUGUGAAUCAGGCCUUCAUGGUCGAAUUGCUGCAAAUAAACCACUACUAAAGUUGACCAAUAAGAAGAAGAGACUUGCUUGGGCCAAGAAACACGAGCAAUGGACAUUAGACCAGUCCAAAUUUGAGAUUUUUGGUUCCAACCGCCGUGUCUUUGUGAGACGCAGAGUAGGUGAACGGAUGAUCUCUGCAUAUGUGGUUCCCACCGUGAUGGGAAUGAAUGAGUAGGUGUCCAAACUUUUGACUAGUACUGUACAUAUUACCUCAAUUACCUCGACUAACCUGUGCCCCCGCACAUUGACACUGUUCCGGUACCGGUAUAUCGCCUUGCUACUGUUAUUUUACUGCUGCUCUUUAAAAGUUAUUUGUGAUAUCUUUUUGAUUUUUUUUACUUUAUCUAUUUUUUACUUAACACUUAUUUUUCUUAACUGCAUUGUUGGUUAAGGGCUUGUAAGUAAGCAUUUCAUUCGGCGCAUGUGACAAAUACAAUUUGAUUUGAUCUCCGCAUGUGUGGUUCCCACCGUGAUCCACGGAGGAGGAGAUGUGAUGGUGUGGGGGUGCUUUGCUGGUGACACUUUCUGUGAUUUAUUUUGAAUUCAAGGCACACUUAACCAGCAUGGCUACCACAGCAUUCUGCAGCGAUACGCCAUCCCAUCUGGUUUGCGCUUAGUGGGACUAUCAUUUGGUUUUCAACGGGACAAUGACCCAACACACCUCCAGGCUGUAUAAGGGCGAUUUGACCAAGAAGGAGAGUGAUGGAGUGCUGCAUCAGAUGACCUGGCCUCCACAAUCACCCGACCUCAACCCAAUUGAUAUGGUUUGGGAUGAGUUGGACUGCAGAGUGAAGGAAAAGCAGCCAACAAGUGCUCAGCAUAUGUGGGAACUCCUUCAAGAGAAAGAGAGAACCAAGAGUGUGCAAUGCUGUCAUCCAGGCAAAAGGUGGCUACUCUGAAGAAUCUAAAAUCUAAAAUCUAUUUUGAUUUGUUUAACACUUUUUUGGGUUACUACAUGAUUCCAUGUGUUAUUUCAUAGUUUUUGUGUCUUCACUAUUAUUCUACAAUGUAGAACAUAGUAAAGAUAAAGAAAAACCCUUGAAUGAGUAGGUGUGUCCAAACUUUGGACUGGUACUGUAUAUAUAGAAAAUCAUCUAAAAUAUAUAAAUCAAGUUUAAGAGGGACCCCUGUAGGUAUAAAAACAAAUAUUUACAAAAUGAAACAUUGAAUUUAGCCUGACUGCUAUUCGCCCAUAGAAACACAUUUAAUAGCAUUCGUACAUGACAAAACAGAUAGUCAAAAAAUUAAUAAAAUGAUAUGUUUUGAAGUGUCUCCUAUAUCUGGGAGAUAUAAGAAAGCUCUGGAAAUAGUUUUUUUUACCCAUAUUUAACCCCUUCCAUAUACACUCAGUGGCCAGUUUAUUAGGUACACCACCCUGUUCACAAAUGGUUCACUACUACAGACAGUGAGUCACGUGGCCGUGGCUUGCUAUAUAAAACAGGCAGACAGGCGUCGAGACCUUCAUUUACUGUUCGAUUGAACGUUAGAAUGGGCAACACAAGUGACCUAAGCGACUUUGAGGGUGGUAUGACUCUCUGUGGUCACUAAAGAUCCCAUGGCACUUAUCAUAAGAAUAGGGGUGUUCACCCCGGUGUCCUGGCUAAAUUCCCAAUCUGGCCCUCAUACCAACAUGGCCACCUAAUCAUCCCCAGCUUCCACUUGGCUCAUUCAUCCCCUUUCCUCUCCCCUGUAACUAUUCCCCAGGUCAUUGCUGUAAAUGAGAAUGUGUUCUAAGUCUACUUAAAUAUAUAUAUUUUUAAAUGCGCGCCAGUUCCAUUAUCUCAGAAACUGCCGGCCUUCACGCACAACAGUGUCUAGGGUUUACCGAGAAUGGUGCGACAAAUAAAAAAACAACCAGUCAGCGGCAGUCCUGUGGGCGAAAACAGCUUGUUGAAGGAGAAUUGCAAUUAUCAUGCAAGCUAACAGUCGGGCCACAAACAGGCAAAUAAUGGCGCAGUAAAACAGUGAUGUGCAGAACGGCAUCUUGGAACGCACACCUUGUCGGUCCUUGCCACUGAUAGACUAUUGCAGCAGACGACCACACCGGGUUCCACUCCUAUCAGAUCAAAACAGGAAGAAGCGGCUCCAGUGGGCAAGUGAUCACCAACACUGGACAAUUGAUGAGUGGAAAAACAUCCCCUGGUCCGACGAAUCCCGGUUCCUGUUGUGUUAUGUUGAUGGCAGAGUCAGGGUUUGGAUUAAGCAGCGUCCAUGGCCCCAUCCUGCCUGUAAUCAACUGUACAGGCUGGUGGUGUAAUGGUGUGGGGAAUGUUUUCCUGGCACACGUUAGGUCCCUUGAUACCAAUUGAGCAACGUUUCCAUGCCCAGAGGAAUUCAGGCUGUUAUGGAAGCAAAGGGGGGUCCGACCCGGUACUAGAUGGGUGUACCUAAUAAAUUGGCCACUGAGUCUAUACGUCCGUAUUUUUUUAACUAUUACCGGGUUACCUUCAGACGAGGCUUGUGGGCGUUGUAUAGCAGAACAACCAACAUGUACGUGUUCGUGAGAGACAGAAGUUGGCACAUCAGCGGUACCAACUUGACUUCUGGUCAAAAGUUGGACACUAAAUAGGGAAUAGGUUACCAUUUGGGAUGCACGUUCAGUCUGCUCCAUAUGAUGUUACGGAAAGGUCAGCUUUUCUGGGACAAUAGGAGAGUGGGGAAGGUUGUUACAGAUGGGCAUUACUUGGGAUAGGACUGUGUCUAUUCACUGCCUGGCCAACCAGUUCCCUCUCUUUCUCUCUGUGUAUAACUACAAAAUAAAGCAUUUGACACAUGCUGAGGUAAUCUAAUUGCACAAGGCUGCAGAUAUGAAUUGCAGACAGUGGAUGUGUAGCACUGAAGCUUAGGCUACCCUUUAAGUGGGAUGCUCCCCUAGUCUCCUUAUAUGCUCUUUAUAUCCACAUACAGUGGGGGAAAAAAAGUAUUUAGUCAGCCACCAAUUGUGCAAGUUCUCCCACUUAAAAAGAUGAGAGAGGCCUGCAAUUUUCAUCAUAGGUACACGUCAACUAUGACAGACAAAUUGAGGAAAAAAAAUCCAGAAAAUCACAUUGUAGGAUUUUUAAUGAAUUUAUUUGCAAAUUAUGGUGGAAAAUAAGUAUUUGGUCACCUACAAACAAGCAAGAUUUCUGGCUCUCACAGACCUGUAACUUCUUCUUUAAGAGGCUCCUCUGUCCUCCACUCGUUACCUGUAUUAAUGGCACCUGUUUGAACUUGUUAUCAGUAUAAAAGACACCUGUCCACAACCUCAAACAGUCACACUCCAAACUCCACUAUGGCCAAGACCAAAGAGCUGUCAAAGGACACCAGAAACAAAAUUGUAGACCUGCACCAGGCUGGGAAGACUGAAUCUGCAAUAGGUAAGCAGCUUCGUUUGAAGAAAUCAACUGUGGGAGCAAUUAUUAGGAAAUGGAAGACAUACAAGACCACUGAUAAUCUCCCUCGAUCUGGGGCUCCACGCAAGAUCUCACCCCGUGGGGUCAAAAUGAUCACAAGAACGGUGAGCAGAAAUCCCAGAACCACACGGGGGGACCUAGUGAAUGACCUGCAGAGAGCUGGGACCAAAGUAACAAAGCCUACCAUCAGUAACACACUGCUCCGCCAGGGACUCAAAUCCUGCAGUGCCAGACGUGUCCCCCUGCUUAAGCCAGUACAUGUCCAGAUGAAACGUGGCUGGGUCUUUCAGCAUGACAAUGAUCCCAAACACACCGCCCGGGCAACAAAGGAGUGGCUUCGUAAGAAGCAUUUCAAGGUCCUGGAGUGGCCUAGCCAGUCUCCAUAUCUCAACCCCAUAGAAAAUCUUUGGAGGGAGUUGAAAGUCCGUGUUGCCCAGCGACAGCCCCAAAACAUCACUGCUCUAGAGGAGAUCUGCAUGGAGGAAUGGGCCAAAAUACCAGCAACAGUGUGUGAAAACCUUGUGAAGACUUACAGAAAACGUUUGACCUGUGUCAUUGCCAACAAAGGGUAUAUAACAAAGUAUUGAGAAACUUUUGUUAUUGACCAAAUACUUAUUUUCCACCAUAAUUUGCAAAUAAAUUCAUUAAAAAUCCUACAAUGUGAUUUUCUGGAUUUUCUUUUCUCAAUUUGUCUGUCAUAGUUGACGUGUACCUAUGAUGAAAAUUACAGGCCUCUCUCAUCUUUUUAAGUGGGAGAACUUGCACAAUUGGUGGCUGACUAAAUACUUUUUUCCCCCACUGUAUACUGAUAGACCUAAACAUGAUCCACGCUGGCUUUACACUGGAACAACAAACAGGUCAUGGCGGCAUUUUGUGUACACUCUUAGGAAAAUAGUUAUCUAUCUAGAACCUAAAAGGGUUCUUCGGCUGUCCCCAUAGGAUAACCAUUUGAAUAACCCUUUUUGGUUCCAGGUACAACCCUUUUGUGUUCCAUAGUCUGUUUAUUAUAGAAAUUACAUUCUGCAACGUUCAGAAUAUUGAGCCCCGUGUUGAAUAAGCCCCUAGCCCCAUCUGCCUUCUCCCUGACCAUCCAAUCAGGCCCCCUCCCCAAUCCCCCCUCAGACACAGCCCCUCUCUCUCCACUCUGGAAGUUCAGAGCCAGCGCUGGAAGGAUUAGGAUGAGGAGGAGCUGAUCCAGUUAGCUGUUAACUCAGUCUCUCUCUCUCUCUUUCUGUCCUCUCUCUCUUUCUGUCCUCUCUCUGUCCUCUCUCUCUUUCUGUCCUCUUUCUUUCUCGCUGUUUCAACAUCAAAGCCCCUCAGUUAUGUGUCACCCCCCUUUACCUCACCAUACCAAUCAAAUCAUCUCCAUCAUAUGGCCCCUUCCCUCCAACCCGGCUAAUGAAUAAGUUUGGACCGUCAGCUCAGGUGUGUGUGUGUUUGUGUGUGUGUGUGUGUGUAACUCUGUGCUGUAAUCCUGGAUACAGAGGUAUAAAGAGGAGUUGAACUGGAUGAUAGUUUAUGUAGGUGAGCGUAAGUCCUGCUUCAUAAUGGCAAAUGGGCUGGGUCCCAAACUGCACCUUAUUCUAUUUAUAAUGCACCACUUUUAAAUAGGGAAUAGGUUGCCAUUUGGGAUGCAUUUCCUAGACUACUACCCCUCUGUAGACACUUGAGUCACAAGAAGGAACAAGAGGAAGUUGCGUCACUUUGGUCGGGCAACUAAACCCAUAUGAUGUAAUGGCAGGCAACCCCAACUAGUCAAGGCUUAUCUAUCGUACAGACGUAUGUGCAGGCGGGUAACUGCCUGCCUGCCAGUUUACCAAUAGAUCUUAAUUAAUGCGUUUGUGUGUUGACUAUUUUUGUCUGGAAUAAGAGGGACGACCAGUCAACCACUAUUGCCAAAUGCGUACACACUACCAUAACCUGUCAACUCAAUUUACACUACGUUUGCCUUUACAUUUACAUUUUAGUCAUUUAGUAGACGCUCUUAUCCAGAGCGACUUACAGUUAGUGAGUGCAUACAUUUUUAGUCCCAUUACUCAUUUCCUAAGCUGAAUCUAGUAUGUAUUAUCCUAUUUUAGACUGUUAACAUUCCUUUCAGUCAGCAGGGGGCAUAUUUAGUCAGUUCAUUUUAGGGAUUUUAAAUAAUCCCUCUCUAUUGCUCCACGACAGUAGACCUGUAUUGUACCUGUAUUGUAGACACAAUAGCUGCCUCUCCCUAUCACAUGCCAAGCAUUGUAGUGAAGCUAUUCUGUCCGGUGCGUGUGCGUGUGUCUGUGUGUAGUCGUGGAGGGGCUGGGUGCUGCGUGAGUCUGAGAUGGGUGUGACCGCUAGCUUCCUCGCCUGCCUGUAUUUUGCUGCAGCCUCAGUCUACAUAUGUGGCUGGCUGGUGGGAUUGCAUCACGCUGGACGGGCUGAAAGGGCACCAUGAUGUAACUGUGAGUAAUACUACCUCCAGUGAAGUGAAGCAGUUCAGCGCCGUGCUGUGCUGUGAGUGGCAUGGAGGAGUGGAUGGGGAGCAGCUACUGCUGCAGCAUUGAUCGCCCUGUCUCUCUCUGGGUGUGUCUGAAAUGGAUCCCUAUUCCCUAUAUAGUGCACUACUUUUGACCUAUGGGCCCUGGUCAAAAGUAGUGCACUAUAUAGGGAAUAGGGUGUCAUUUGGGACGCAAUACGUCUCUCCCUGCAUCAAGGGCCCCGGCUGACUGGCUCCCCAAAGGGAUGAUCAGACAGUGAAGACAUUUAUUCUAUACAUAUAACAAUCUGUUCUGUCAGAUUACUAUCUGAUAGAUCCAGGUCGACUAUGUGGUUGAUGUAUUGGGCGAAUUACAGUUUUCACGAUCGAUUGGUUAUUACAAAUAAUAGCGCAUCCAUUGCUGAAUAAUGAGCAUUCAAUGCUAUUAUAUGAUAAUAUCACAAAUUAAUACGUUAUCACGUGAUAUAGGGUGCGUACCAAAUGGCACCCUAUUGGAGUGCACUAUAAAGGGAAUAGCGUGCCAUUUGAGACGCAUCCAGAAUGUUAUGUUUGACAUAUAUGACAUGUUCCUCUCCGUGUCGUUGUCUAGGUGUGCCCACGCCAACGGCGGAGAUCCUCCACCACACACUGAGCAUGCUGGUCCGGGAGAGGAAGAUUUCCCAUACGCCGGAGGGCUACUUCAUCGUCACGCCCCAGACCUACUUCAUCACGCCCUCUCUCAUCAGGACCAGCUCCAAGUGGUACCACCUGGACGAGAGGAUACCGGAACGCCAGCAGCAGCAGCAACAACAACAACAACAACAGCAGCCGUGUACCUCCCCCCUCUCUGGAACCAUCACCCCCUCUACCUCUGGCUGUGUCAGGGACAGGUCCUAUCCUAAGAACCAUGGAGACUCUUAUAAUAGUUACCGUGAUGACCCCCCCAGCCACCACACCACCCUCACCAGGAAGUCCACCAAGGAGCACCGAGAGGCCUACUCGCCCCACUCGCCCCACUCGCCCCACUCGCCUCACUCACCCCACUCCCCUCACACCCCCACACAGCCCCAGCACACCACGGAGAAGACCCGGAGCACCCUCAGCUUCCCCUUCAAGUCGGACACACUGACCAAGCACCGCGAGGGUGGCAGCAGCGGGGAGAAGCAGUCCAAGAAGUUUGGCCUUAAGCUGUUCAGGCUGAGCUUCAAGAAGGACAAGACCAAGCAACUGACCACCUUCUCGGCCCAGUUCCCCCCGGAAGAGUGGCCUCUGCGGGACGAGGAGACGCCCACGGCCGUGCCACGCGAUGUGGAGAUGGAGAUCAUCAGACGGAUCAACCCGGACCUGACGGUGGAGAACGUGGCGAGGCACACAGCCGUGAUGAAGAGGUUGGAGGAGGAGAGGGCCCAGAGGAGCAAGGCCAGCUCGUCUGCCCAACACAGCGCACGCAGCAGGAGGAGCCGCGGACACCGCAAGCCCCAGGGUAAGCCCUCACGCUCCCACAGUAAGACCCGCGCCUCCCGGGGAGACCCCUCUGAGGGAUCCAACAUGGACCUGGCGGCUGAGAGGGACUACUGGGCCUACAGCUCCUCCCUGGCGCACUCGCCGCGGGACGCCGCCGCCUCCAGGGAAUGCAGCCGUGCCCGCCACCUGGCCCACAGCAACCCCAACAUCAUGGAUUCCCACCUGCCCGUCACCCCGGAGUGGGACGUGUCGGGAGAGCUGGCCAAGAGAAGGACGGAGAUGCCCUUCCCCGAGCCUUCGCACGGGCCGUCCCACUCCAAGGUGCACCGCAGCCACAGCCACACACAGGAGAGGAAGUCACGCAACGAGCGCUCAGACAACAAGGCCAAAGAGAGGUCCCGCUCCAUGGAUAACUCCAAAGGGCCCCUGGGGGUCGGGCUGAUUGGGCCCCCGGACUACUUUGAGCGCAGCCCUGAUGAGAGGGACAGAGAGAGGAGCCGCUACUACACAGACGACGGGACCUUGAGGGCCUCAACCCAGGCCUCCCACUACUCCCACUCGCGGGCCAUGCCCCCUGCUGCUAAGUUAACCUCUGAUGUGUGUGGGCCCGACGGCGGGAUGACACUUGAAAAGAACAAAAGUAGAGACAUUUUACCUGCCUACGACAGCUUGAAGGCUUACUCUCCCAAACCCAUGGCUGAGGACUAUUUCCAGUGCAAUGCAUCCAACGAAGUGGUUUUCACUGCUCCCAGCCCCUUAGGAAAACACAAUCACGAUAGCUUACUUAAGGUGAAGGUGGGCUGUAUGUCCGACAGACAGACCCCUCAACCCCCAGAGUACAAAGAGGAAACUACAAAGGGACAUAACGGCGUUAGUUUACCCAUGCCCUGCCAGAUGCCUGAGCCUUUGCCAAAUGGACGUUCGGUACAGCACCACAACACCAACUCCGGUAGCAUGGACAAGAGGAAGGAGAUCUUCAGCAAAGACACUCUGUUUAAACCGCCGCCCAACGCGCUGACAGGAGCCUAUGGGGACGGCAGCUACUCCAGGUCAAGCACGCUGAGGAAGACCCAGGUCAUGUUGUCAGCCGAGGUGCUGGACAGCCAGGAGCACUUUGAGCAGCCUGGCCCCCUGCUAGCUGUGCCCCGGCCCCCCUCCUCUGGACCCUCGGGGAUGGAGCAGGCUGGCUCGUGCCAGGCCGGGGAGGCCGCCUUCGACUACUACAAUGUGUCUGACGACGAGCUGGAGGACGCUGCCUCGGCCAAGCGGGCAGAGCAGAAGCAGAAGGCCCCAGAGGGUUGUGGUGGGGGAGGAGGGGGCACCAUGCAGUGGCUGCUGGAGAGGGAGAAGGAGAGGGACCUCCAGCGCAGGUUUGAAAGGAACCUGACCUUCCCCAACCCCAAGGAGAGCGACCACAACAACCAGAGCCAGCAGUCGGCCCACUCGGCCAGGCUGGACAGCAUGGACAGCAACAGUGUUACAGUGGACAGUGGAUUUAACUCUCCACGGUAAGCCUUGGUCGGGUAAAAACAACACACUCACUCACAUAGACACACACAGCGUCUCUGUUUGUGUCGGCGGUGGUAAUGAGAGGGGAUGGCUUCUUAUUCUGUGAAUAGACUAAUGGUGGGAUUAUUGUUCUCACAUGAGAACCAAAUGGACCGGUACUAUUAUAAAAUAUGGUGCUAUUGAUUCUAGUGAAUCUGAGGUACAACCUAUCAUGGGUUAUAGCCCUGUAGAAGAGACAGAAUAGGAGGUUCCAAUGUUUCCUAAUUUCAUAAUUGCCUCAUUCAUGUGAGCCUAUGCUUGUCUGUUUACAAAACCUCAUUUUUGCUCUGAAUGGAUUUGGUUUGCUUUCUUUGUUACUUUUUGUUUCUUUCUGAUGUCUCUGCUUCACUCAAUGAUUCACGUUCAUUUGAACUCAGAUAUUUUUCUUAGUCUCUUGAAUCACUUGAGCGUAAGCAGACAUCUGUGUUUUUUUGGAGUUUUUAGCUCAUGAUACAUGGUGUCUGUUACUGAAAUAUGUCCAUUAAGACAACCAUUCACAUGGCUUUACCAUCAACCGACAAAAUAUUACCUUUUUUGGUCCCAAAAGCAACAUGGAGGAUUUUGAUAUUUAUCAGUGCUAAAAGAGGGAGAAAGGGGGAGUAGGCCUGUCUCUGUCAUAGUGUGUAUGGAGUUCAUCUGUCAGGUCAGAACCGUAACAGCUAAUAUAUCGCGAAGAACUAAGCACAGUUUUUUUAAAUGUACUUUCAAAUUGUGUGUAGAAUUGUAUUCCAGUUGUUUUAAAAGACUGCCUAUUAAACUUUGGUUUUACAUUACACAGAUAGCAACCCCCAAAAUAUUUUGUGCAUUACAACACUGUGCCUGAUUUUACCAAAUCCUUUUCGCCCGGGCCCCUCUGGCAUAGUGGGAGUGUGUGACACUUCAUUAGGGUCACGUGUCUUCCUGUGUCUAACCCCGACCACAUGUUCCAGCCUCUAAACAAGAUGGAUGCCCGCGCUAGUGCCGGUCGUCUUUGAUUGGUUUGCAGUUCAGGACCUCUGGGACGAUCGACUCAUUUGUUUUCUGGCUGAGUGCCCCCCCUUCCCUCAGCCCCUUCCACGUUGGAGUUGGAGUGGUGGUCCUUUCUUGUAGGGUAUUUUGCCUAUUUCACAGCCUCUCAUGACCAUGUCAUUUUCCUUUCCUGUGACAAAAAUGUCAAUAACAAAAGUUUCUCAAUACUUUGUUAUAUACCCUUUGUUGGCAAUGACACAGGUCAAACGUUUUCUGUAAGUCUUCACAAGGUUUUCACACACUGUUGCUGGUAUUUUGGCCCAUUCCUCCAUGCAGAUCUUCUUUAGAGCAGUGAUGUUUUGGGGCUGUCGCUGGGCAACACGGAAUUUCAACUCCCUCCAAAUAUUUUCUAUGGGGUUGAGAUCUGGAGACUGGCUAGGCCACUCCAGGACCUUGAAAUGCUUCUUACGAAGCCACUCCUUCGUUGCCGGGCGGUGUGUUUGGGAUCAUUGUCAUUCUGAAAGACCCAGCCACGUUUCAUCUUCAAUGCCCUUGCUGAUGGAAGGAGGUUUUCACUCAAAAUCUCACGAUACAUGGCCCCAUUCAUUCUUUCCUUUACCACGGAUCAGUCGUCCUGGUCCCUUUGCAGAAAAACGGCCCCAAAGCAUGAUGUUUUCACCCCCAUGCUUCACAGUAGGUAUGGUGUUCUUUGGAUGCAACUCAGCAUUCUUUGUCCUCCAAACACGACGAGUUGAGUUUUUACCAAAAAGUUAUAUUUUGGUUUCAUCUGACCAUAUGACAUUCUCCCAAUCCUCUUCUGGAUCAUCCAAAUGCACUCUAGCAAACUUCAGACGGGCCUGGACAUGUACUGGCUUAAGCAGGGGGACACGUCUGGCACUGCAGGAUUUGAGUCCCUGGCGGCGUAGUGUGUUACUGAUGGUAGGCUUUGUUACUUUGGUCCCAGCUCUCUGCAGGUCAUUCACUAGGUCCCCCCGUGUGGAUCUGGGAUUUAUGCUCACCGUUCUUGUGAUCAUUUUGACCCCAUGGGGUGAGAUCUUGCGUGGAGCCCCAGAUCGAGGGAGAUUAUCAGUGGUCUUGUAUGUCUUCCAUUUCCUAAUAAUUGCUCCCACAGUUGAUUUCUUCAAACCAAGCUGCUUACCUAUUGCAGAUUCAGUCUUCCCAGCCUGGUGCAGGUCUACAAUUUUGUUUCUGGUGUCCUUUGACAGCUCUUUGGUCUUGGCCAUAGUGGAGUUUGGAGUGUGACUGUUUGAGGUUGUGGACAGGUGUCUUUUAUACUGAUAACAAGUUCAAACAGGUGCCAUUAAUACAGGUAACGAGUGGAGGACAGAGGAGCCUCUUAAAGAAGAAGUUACAGGUCUGUGAGAGCCAGAAAUCUUGCUUGUUUGUAGGUGACCAAAUACUUAUUUUCCACCAUCAUUUGCAAAUAAAUUCAUAUAAAAUCCUACAAUGUGAUUUUCUGGAUUUUUCUUUCUCAAUUUGUCUGUCAUAGUUGACGUGUACCUAUGAUGAAAAUUACAGGCCUCUCUCAUCUUUUUAAGUGGGAGAACUUGCACAAUUGGUGGCUGACUAAAUACUUUUUUCCCCCACUGUAUGAGCCAUCAGGGCAGAUUUCACUCAUCUCCUCUGUGACUGCUGUUGUAAAGGGCAUCUGUCCACAGAUGUGUACUUGGUCAUUUGGCCCCCUCCCUUCCCCCAGGCAGCUCAGCUCAGCUCCACCCCUCUCUUCCAUAGCCCUGGCCUGCAGAUGGAGGCAGUGACCAGAAGCACAUCCACCUUUCAUGGGUCACCUGGUCUAGCUGGAAGUGAAAAGAUAGAAACAAAUAAAAGUUUAUUGGUCAUGUACACAGUUUAACAGAUGUUACAGCGGGUGCAGCGAAAUGCUUAUGUUAGUUACUCCUAACAAUGCAGUAAAAUAUCAAACAAGUACACAAAUAUAACAAGAAACUGGCGUGAUCAGACUUUUUGACAUGCUGUUACUCUGUAAACCACUAAUGACACCAUUCCAAAGAAGUGUCUUGUCAUACAGAUAUUAGGCUAAUACCUUACAUAUUAUCAGUCAUAUAAUGUUUAAAACAAUCCCAUUGUAGAGAAUAUCAGAGAAACCAUGAAUGAGGACCACACUUGUCUAUAUCUGCCAGAGACUUACUCACAAAUGACCCUUCUCUCAUUCUCUCUUCUCGCUUUACCCAUCUUUUCUUCUCAUCUUUUGUUACUUCCUCUCUGGGCAUUAGUUACAGCAGUUAGUGGUUAAUAUGGAGAGGAUAUCAAGUUUUGUUUUACUAGAAGGGAACGACCUAACCUCAAUAAGUGCUGCCAAUAGCUGGAAAAUAUUAUAGACAAUGUGUCAACAAUCAAUCCGAUACUUUCUGCUCUCACACAAUUCCACACAAACAAGGGAAGCCCAGGCAGCGUAACAUUUUUCUGUAUCCUCUGUGUGUGGACCUCUCUCCCUCUUUCUCUUCAUUCUCUUCACCAUUAUUUUUUUCUCUCCCUUCCUCUCGUCUUCUUUCUUCCUUGGGUCAGCACACGAGAGAGCCUGGCCUCAAACACCUCCAGCAUUGUGGAGAGCAACAGACGUCAGAAUCUGGCUCUGAGUCCCGGACACCUGGGAAUCGCCACGGGCAAUGGUCCACCUUUCACCUUCCGGACCAUUCCAGAGCCGCCCACCGCCCAACCCGAGAAACUGCAGAAACCCUCAAACUGUUUGACCUCCAUAACGAGUGUGUGA